AGCGGGCCCAGAUUGCCGACGUUGUUACUAUAUUUACUGUGCUGACAGCACAUACCAGCACAAUCGCGAUUGUUGCCAAAUUCCGGAUUAUUUGAAUCGUGAUUGUUUUAGAUACAAAUACAGUUCUGUGUGUGUGUGUUUUAUUUUUAAAUUACUCAAGGAUAUCGUUUUCAUUGCCAGAUUGGAUAACCGACACCCAGCCAAAGUGUAGUGCCAAAUUCCUAGGAAAUGACGAAAAAUAAUGGGACGCUGGAUGAGUACAGCUGCUCGAGCGGUUUGAUUUUGCCGCUGAUCAACGAGUUUACGUGGUCGAUUGAAAUGAGAGCCUUUCUCUAUUUCUUCGGCCUCCUCUAUUGUUUUAUGGGCGUCGCCAUCAUCGCCGAGAUCUUCAUGGGCGCCAUUGAGAAAAUCACGGCCACCACUCGCAAGGUUUAUUUGUCGAGGGGCGUCGAUCAGGAACCCACGUUUAUAGAAGUCAACAUCUGGAACGACACGGUGGCCAAUUUGACAUUGAUGGCGCUAGGCUCGUCAGCCCCUGAAAUCCUGCUUUCCAUUAUUGAGAUUGUCGGUAACAAUUUCGAGUCGGGAGCGUUGGGACCGGGUACAAUUGUCGGUUCGGCCGCUUUCAAUCUCAUGUGCAUCAGUGCUGUUUGCAUUGUCGCCAUUCCCGGCGUCGAAACGCGAAAAAUCAAAGGACUGCGGGUAUUCGCCAUCACCGCCGUGUUCAGCAUUUUGGCUUACCUGUGGCUGAUUUUCGUCCUGGUGGGAGUCAGCCGAAAUGUGGUAGAAGUCUGGGAGGCCGUCGUCACUUUCCUCCUUUUCCCGCUCCUGGUUGGACUGGCUUACUGGGCCGACAAAGGAUUUCCGCUAUGCUGGAAAAAGCCAAGCACCAUCAGCGUCACGGCCGCCAACGGCAAAGAGAUUGAGCUGGCCUCAAUCAACUCCGGAGAAAUUGAGGCCAUGAUGGUGGACGGACCUGUUCUCACCAAAGACGGAAAAAUGGACCCCGACGAGUUGGCCAAAUGGGUCCGGCAAGCCACACAUUUGGGCCUCACCGGGGAAGAUGCUGCCAAAUUGGCCGCAUACAAGUUAAUUAUGACUAAACAUCAUUCCCACGCCUGGUACCGGAUCGGAGCCACCCGAGUGUUCACCGGAAGUAAGAAAGUCAAGCCUCAGCUGAGCAUCAAACUCCAAGAGGUUUAUGAUGCCAUCAACGAACAUCCGGACACUGAAAAUCUGAGUCCUUUCGUCGAAAAAGUAUCAAAGGACAAAGCCAUUGUCGAAUUCCACGCCAUCGCUUGCGCAGUGUCUGAAAACGUUGGAAAAUUCCCCGUUCGAAUUAUCCGCCACGGGGAGACGGACACUUUGGUGUGUGUCAGGGUAGAAACAGUUGACGGCAGUGCAGUUUCGGGUGAAGAUUUCGUGGCGGUCGACCAAGUCAUCGAGUUCCAGCCCAAAGAAGUCGUGAAAGAAAUUAUGAUUGAAAUUGUGGACGACGACCAGUACGAGCCCGACGAACAAUUCUACCUCAAAUUGAGUUUAAGUCACAAUUUAUCGUACAAACACAAGGAAGUGGCACUGGGUCGCAUUUCCAUCAUGGAAGUGACAAUCCUGAACGACGAUGAACCCGGCACCAUCACUUUCGAGGAGAGAGGCAUCCUGGUCAAGGAAUCGGUGGGCGUGGCCCAAAUUCCAGUCUUACGUAAAAGCGGCUCCGACGGCGAAGUGAGCAUCCGCUGGCGCACAAUAGACAAGAAAGCCCUGAGUGGCAGGGACUUUGAAGGAGGUGAGGGCGUGCUGGAAUUCAGGAACGCAGAGGCCAAACGUUUUAUUGAAAUUCCAAUUUCGAAUGACAUGGAGACCCAGAUGAAAGACGAAUGCUUCGAAGUCGAAUUGUACGAUCCUUCCGGCGGAGCCGUUUUGGGACCCAUCACCAAAUUGGCUGUGACCAUCACCAACGACGAAGAUUUCAAUGCGGUGAUGGACCGUCUGGCGGAAAUGACUUCCGCCAAUGUAGAUUCGAUGGUUGUGCAUCACAACGAUUGGACCAGUCAGAUCAAAGAUGCAAUGAACGUGAACGGUGGCGAUAUUGAAAACGCCACAAAUUCAGACUACGUGAUGCACUUUUUGACGUUCGGAUGGAAGCUUCUUUUUGCGUUGGUUCCACCGGCUGGAAUUUGGGGCGGAUGGCUAUCGUUCUUUGUUUCGCUAGGUGUCAUUGGUUUGCUCACCGCCAUUGUUGGAGACCUGGCCGGAAUUUUCGGAUGCCUCAUCGGACUCGAUGACGCCGUUACCGCCAUCACAUUUGUGGCGUUGGGGACAUCCCUUCCGGAUCUGUUUGCAAGCCGAGCCGCCGCCAUGAACGAGAAAUAUGCCGACAAUGCCAUCGGAAACGUGACGGGAAGUAAUUCCGUCAACGUCUUUCUUGGUCUGGGUUUACCUUGGCUUAUCGCCAGCAUCUACCACACGUCAAUGGGCGGAGAAUUCAAGGUGGAAGCCGGAAGCCUGGGAUUUUCAAUUACCAUUUUCACCAUCACAGCUGUUUUGUCGCUAGGACUGCUGGUAACGCGGAGACUAUCAUCUGCUUGUGGUCGUGGAGAAUUGGGAGGACCUCUUGGUACCCGUUACGCUUCUGCCAUCUUUUUAGUAGUGCUUUGGUUGACUUAUAUCAUUCUCUCGUCUCUGGAGACUUAUGGGCACAUUCCAGGCUUUUAAAACAAAUCAACCAAAUUUGCGUGAAAAUGAAUUAACACUGCCAAAUUGCCAAACGUGCUGAUGCCUGUUUUGAAAGGAUUUAUUGUUUAGACUGUGUUUUACAGACUCGCCAAUCAAUAUCUUCCUCAAGUUGUUUUUAGCCAACAAACCAUCACUGUAAAAUUAAGAAAAAAAUUUAUUUAAUGUUAA